AUGUCUGGCGCGUCUCAAAGUGACGGGAAGGCUGAUCAAGACAAAUCGAAUCACUCUGAAAAGCCAGGUAGUAGUUUCCACUUCGAAAUGUCAGACGAGUACGUACCUCAUGGUGAUAGAAACGUGUUCAGGCAGCACGCCUCUGCUGGAUCUUCGGUUGGAGGUCUCUCUGGCCAACGGGCUCUGCCUAGUAUGCUAGAGUGGCCAUUCGUAACCUCCGAUCCUAAGUUUGUAACGAUACCUCCAAUCAAUCCCGGUGGAUCUAUCGGUAACCAAGCGUCGCAAACUCCUCCAACUGGACUAUUCGGUCAAAGCCCGGGCUUUCAAGGCGAUGGACCGUUGACUGCGUUCCCAACUAGCUCAUCGUCCGAGAAGGGGACGUUUGAGGUCGCAACGGAAGGGGAAUUCAUGGACUGGAUCAAACCAUUCCUGGAACUAGAUGAUAAGGCCAUGAAACCUAUUGCACUGGACUUGCGACAAAUGCAUUCCUCAAUAGUCACCCUGGUUUCCAAAGUCCGUCGUGUGGGAGAAGCAAUCGCUGAGGCCAGGGCCGCCAUCGAGAGAACCGACCAACGGAUGAUCAAGCUACAGAAAGAACAGGCCGAAGAUGAGGAACAUGGGAGCAUGUAUCGUGCUGCCUUAACGAGUAUUAGGACUCAGCUGGGCAAUGAGGAAGCGGUCUUGCGGAGCCACCAGCGUAAAGCUGAAAUACUGCGCAGCCGGUUCACGAAGAAUGCUUGCGUGCCAUUGCAGACAUUUAUCACGCAACAUAAAUCAUUGCUGUCUGCCAAGUGCGAAGAGACUGAUCGUUUCCGCCGCGAGCACCUCGAUUCACACAAGCGUCUAGGGGUGACCGAGAAGAGUCUCAACACGGCUCAAGACGAGGUCAAGAAGUUGAAGAAUGAACUUUCAACUGCUCGAAAACAGGUUGCGAGUACCACAGAGAACAAUCAGAAGCUUGAGCAACAGAAUGCAAGGUUAGUAAAGGAGAACACAGACCUCAAGAAUGUGAAAGAGGCCACGGAUGAGACCUGCAAAGACCUCAUCACCGACAACGAGCUUCUGGUAGACUACAAAGAGGGAUAUCCACAACUGCAGAAAGAGCUGGGAAGGUUACAGUACCAAACUAGCGUAUUACAAGGAGAAUACAACGACGCUAUCGCUGAACGCGAUGACCUUCAAAAGCGUCUCGACGCCAUGACACUUGCAACAAACUCUAGAUCAAACUCAGCCGCUUCUGACCCGUUGCUCACUACCCCUAACAGCAACAUGCCCGCCCCGAUAUCUGAGUUAGAUCGUCUGGACGGCCAGGAGAAGCAUUUUGAGAACCGACUGAACGCCAAGCUAGCUUCAAAUGAGAAGAAGAAAGCGGAAAUAAUAUCGCUGGACGCCAAGAUCGAACAAGCUCGACGACGUUUAGAGAGCCCUCUAUAA